CGAUUAAUAGUAUUAUGGAUUUAAAGAGCCUUACAACACUAAAUUUUUCCAAAGUGUGGCAAUUUUGUGAAUUACUAUUUAAAAUUACAAUAGAGAAUAUAAUCAAAAUCUGAACGAUUAGCACAAAGCUGCAACCAGUAGUAUUAAAAAAAAACGUAGUUUUAAUUUAUCUAAAGUAAUCGAUUUUAUCGCGAACCUUUCAAAAAGUCGAUUAAUAACGCUAUGCUUUUGCUCUCGGAUAUUAACGCUUUGCAAUACUGCAAAAUUGUCCAAAAUGUUGCGAAUUGUUUUUACGCGUUUUUAUUGCAAAAUUGCAGCUGAAAAUAUUAUUAAAACAUCAACGUCUAUUAAUCAAAAGCAAAUUGAUUUUACGAAACUAAAUCAUACCACAAAAGUGCCACAGUCGCCGGUUCCAACGGCAUUUCCAGACACCAGCGACAACGAACUUGAAAUCGACAGUAAAACUAUUCAACUGUUAGAGCGUUUAUCUUUAGUGGAUCUGGACAGUGAACAGGCACUGCUUACGCUCAAGAGCAGCAUCCAAUUUGCGGACAAGAUUGCGCAUAUCAACACUCAAGGCGUGCGUCCGUUGUACACGGUGCUGGAGACGCAACAGUUGCAGUUACGCAACGACGAAGUGAGUGAAGGAAAUUGCCGAGAACAGUUGCUAAAAAUUGCCAAGGUGACAGACGAGGAUUACUACGUGUCGCCGCCGGGCAACAUACCGCUGGAACAAUAG